ACAACACAAACGGCUUUUUGCCUUCGUUUUCCUUCUCUCUGUAUAUCUGCUUCCGCUGAACUUAAACCCUAUUCUGGGUUCCUAUCCUUUUCGAUCCCAAACGGAAUUUGAUCAAAUUCGGGUGGAAUUUAUCUCGUUUCCUUGACUUUUCCAUUUUAAAUGGAAAGAGAUGGGAAUUAUGUUAUUGCAGGCGAUAAAUGUCAACCUGAUGCUCUGCUAGAUGGUGAAUCAGCUAUCUCGAGCUGCAAUGUAUUCUUAGAUCAUGUUGGGGAAGUCACCCUCGCUUUUAAUUCAGACGGGUUAUCUUGGGAAGCGGUUGAACCGUUGGUUAAUGAGAGUUCAACCUGUUUGGGGAUAAAAUACAUUUCUAAUGCUGCUACGGCAAUCAAACUUUGUGACAUAUAUGCUGCUGAGUUUACUGGUUAUGGUCUGGUGCAUUUAUCACGUAUCUCUCGUGCCAUGAAACAUCUUCUUAUUGGGCAUGAUGCCAAGAUGUAUCGUUUUACGGUGUAUGGUGUCCUAAGGAAUGAGAUUCAGCCUUCUCUAUUGGUCCCUGUUAAAUAUACUUUUGGCCAUAAUAAUAUGCAAACAUGUCAGAUGUGGGUAAAUCGGCUUGAUUCUUCCUUGAACCUCAAAGUUGAAAGGCCAAAGAAUCUCAUGGUUUUUGUUCAUCCAAGGAGUGGGAAAGGACUUGGCUGCAGAACCUGGGAAGCUGUGGCUCCUAUAUUCUCUCGUGCUAAAGUGAAAACAAAGGUAGUUGUAACGGAGAGACCUGGACAAGCCUUUGAUGUGAUGUCCUCUAUAACAAACAGGGAGCUCAACUCUUAUGAUGGUGUCGUAGCUGUUGGUGGUGAUGUUUUCAAUGAAAUCCUUAAUGGGUUUCUUUCUACCAGGCUAAAAGCUCCGAUCCCACCUGCUCCAUCGGAUUUGGUUCAUUUGGUUAAAGAUGGUCAUAGUUCCUUGGUUCAUGAUGGAAAUGAAGCAGUUGAGGAGAAUCCCAAUCAAAAUGAAGAACAUCCUCUUAUUUCAAGUCCAAAACAAAUUGGAUCCAGAAUUGCAAAUUCCAAUUCAGCAGAUCAAGAUCCUGAGUUUCAAAUCCUCAGUGAACGUUUUAUUGGAAUCAUCCCUGCAGGUUCAACUGAUGCCAUUGUAAUGUGUACAACUGGAUGUCGAGAUCCUAUAACAUCAGCACUGCAUAUUGUUCUUGGCAAAAAGGUGCACCUUGACAUAGCGCAAGUUGUAAGGUGGAAAGAAACACCUAAAUCUGCAGUCGAACCUUGUGUGCGCUAUGCAGCUUCAUUUGCUGGGUAUGGAUUCUAUGGUGAUGUCAUCACAGAGAGUGAGAAAUAUCGCUGGAUGGGACCCAAACGCUAUGAUUAUGCAGGGACAAUGGUGUUCUUAAGGCACAGGUCAUAUGAGGCUGAGAUAGGUUAUCUAGAAGUUGAUUCAGAUAGAUCCGAUCCGACUUUCAAGGGCAACAAUCAAGGUAGUAGGGUACAAGAUAAAAGAAGUCCAUAUAGACCAGAAAGAUGUAUCUGCCGUGUCAAUUGUAAAGUUUGUAUGCCAAGUCACAUGGCUUCAGGAAUCUCUGGCCCAACCCCUUAUUUGAGUACAGAUAAUGCCAAAUGGAAUAGAUGCAGAGGACGUUUUCUCAGUGUCGGAGCCGCUGUAAUCUCUUGCAGAAACGAAAAAGCACCUGACGGUUUGGUGGUUGAUGCACACCUUUCAGAUGGUUUCCUUCAUCUUAUAUUAAUUAAAGACUGCCCUCACGCCUAUUAUCUUUGGCACCUGACUGAACUUACACGAAGAGGUGGAAAUCCCUUUAAUUUUAAGUUUAUAGAGCAUCAUAAGACCCCAGCAUUUACUUUUACGUCCUUGGGCAAUGAGAGCGUAUGGAACGUGGACGGUGAGCGCUUUCUGGCACACCAACUCUCGGCGCAAGUGCUCCGUGGCCUUGUUUCCUUGUUUGCAACUGGUCCUGAAGUCUAGUGUCUGAAAUAGCUUUUUGCUUGAACUUGGUUUUGGCUAAGGAAGCCAUGAAUCCAUGAUGAAUUUAUUGUAUCUUUUGUAAUUUGUAGUGUAAAAACUUGCUCUGUAUAUUUAAAAUCAUGUUUAGGACCUGUAACUGUAAGCAUGAAGGGAAAAGUUUUUAGCACAUGAGUAUUUUUCCAGUGAACUCUUCAAGAUUCUAUCUAUAUUUAUGCUUGGAAUCCUGAGACUGAAUAGAUCCAGGUGUUGAGUGCAGAACUUAUUGGCAUUGUUAAUGAGAGGUUGAGGUCUUGCAUUUUGAUGUAGGCAUUUUAGUGAAUCAGUACAUGUUUUUACUUUUCAGUGGCUAUUGUAUCAUUAUUGAAUAAAUGUUAAUUUGAAUGAAGUUUACGUGUUAUUUUA